CGGAAACUAUUGUAAUGCUUAAGACUGCUUAUGGGGAUGCUGCCUUAAGUAAAACCAGAGUUUACGAUUGGUUUUCACGUUUUAAAAAUGGAGAAAUGUCUAUUGAAGACCAAUUUCGUUCAGGACGCCCCUCAACGUCAAGAACUGAUGAAAACGUCGACAAAAUCAAUGCCCUCGUUCGUGAAGACCGUCGCCGAACCAUUGAUCAACUCUGUGAGAUGUCGGGAAUGUCAUGGAGUUCAAUUCAGAGAAUUUUAUCCGAAGAUUUGCACAUGAGAAGGGUUGUAGCCAAAUUCGUCCCGCGACUUCUCACAGACGAGCAAAGGGAGCGUCGACUUCAGGCAUGUUUUGAGCUUCAAAAUCAGCUCGAAGAGGACCCUGAAUUUUUUUCCAAGAGGUGUUGUGCACGCGGAGUUCGUUCCCCCGGGUCAAACUGUCAACCAGAAGUUCUACUUGGAGGUUUUGAAAAGAUUGAGGGAGAGUAUCCGGAAGAAAAGGGCAGAUCUUUGGCGCACAGGCGACUGGUUCUUCCAUCAUGACAACGCGCCGGCCCACACCGCCCUUUCCGUGAAGCAAUUUUUGACCAAAAACGCCAUGACACCAAUUGUCCACCCCCCAUACUCACCGGAUCUAGCCCCCUGUGACUUCUUUUUGUUCCCCAGACUCAAAAGGAAUAUGAAAGGAAAGCGUUUUGCCACUGUGGAGGAGGUGAAACAAAAAUCGCUGGAAGGCUUAAAGGACAUCCCGAUGAGUGAAUUUAAAAACUGUUUUGAACAAUGGAAGAAUCGUUUGGAGAAGUGCGUUGUGGUCAAUGGCGAAUACUUUGAAGGUGAUAAAAAUUUGGUGUUAAAAUAUUGAGAAAUAAAGAAGUUAUGACGAAAUUCCCGUUUUUUUUUUGGGUCCCCCCUCGU